UCUCUGGGCGCGGAGAGAGGGAGGGACGGGGGUCCUUCGGACAAUGAAACCAUAGAGCGGGAGAGGGGCGGAGCGGCUGCGCUUGGGGCGGCCACUCUGCCUCCCUUGGAGGGGAGGAGGUCUCUAGUGCGGCCGAGGAGGAGGCGGAAGUGAGGCCUAGUCUGCGGCGCGGCUGGAGAGCGGCCUGGAGCUGGAUUUCAGUGUGUCUACGCUGCCAUUCCGUGGUUGCUCAUGGCAUUGAAGGCGGAAACUCCCCGGCUGGACUACAUCAAGGUGUCUUCCUCUGUUUUACGUUUCAAAGAAAAGGGGAAAGAGGCUGCCGAUCCUGUUGUGCCUGAGCGUACCCCAUCCAAACGGGAUGGAGCCAGUGCGGACUCCAUGGACAGAGGGGAGCGGCUGAACCCGAGCGGCCAGGAAGAGCCAAGCAGCUCUUGGAGGCAAGAGUACCUGAUCGCCGAAAGCCAUGGCCGACCAGUUUGUAUGGUCUGUGGGGGUAUCUUGAGUUCUUCGGGCCCUGCAGCGGCCCGCAAACACAUCCUACAGCAGCACGCCCAUUCGCUCGACUUCAGCCUAGAAGAGAAACACAACAUCCUUGAAGCCUGGAGCGAGGGAGCUGUCCUGCCAACAGUAGAGCAAGCCCCCUCCCCGGAAGGGAAGGAGUGGCUCUCUGAGUGCGGUGUCCCAGGCUCGGCCCCUGCCGAAAUCCGAAUCUUCACCGACGGCACCUUCCCUGCUGGAUUCACCUUAAAACUGUAUUGCCGGGCUCAGCCAGAAACAACUCAAGACUCGAGAGUUAAGCCAAAUACAAAGAAGAGAACAGUGGAUCGCAACUGCUCUGUGUCUUUGCUGAGGCUUCACUCCACGGAUUCCCCACGCCGCCUCUGCUCCAGCCAAGGCACCACCUCCUGCCCUCUGACCGGUUCUGCGGGUAGCCAUGCCAAAGACUGCGGCACCAGAGCCGGCCGGCGAGUAGCUGCCGGCGCGGGCAAGGAGGAGCCUUCCUUCCUGGCCGAGGGUUUCGACCCUGUCUGGCGAGGCCGCUUCCUCGUGGACUUUGAUGCCGCCGCGGGGCACUUGGUGUGCAUGGUUUGCGAGUACCCCCUGCGGCGCGUGUGCCUGUCCACCGUCAAGCGGCACAUCCUCCAGUGCCACGCGGAGACCCUCAACCUGCCCCGCGAGGUCCGGCGCACCAUUCGCGAAGUCUGGGAGAGCCGCAGCCAGUCUUCUCCUUCUCCGGCCCCGAAGAAGAAGUGACAGGCGGGACAGUUCCCAUCACUCUGCAGCCCUGCUUUCUCCUGACCUGGUGCCCUCUGUCUAUCCUUCUUGGACUAGAACUCCCAGUCACAACUGUGAGUGGUUCUCGUCCAGCAUUAUUGGGAAGGAGAGCACCAGCUUGGGGAAAGCCGUACUUUGAGGAAAAGUUAAUCAUUCCAUGUAUACCUAGCAUGGGCAAACCGGCCCUCUUAAGUGUUUUGGACUUCAACUCCCACAAUUCCUAUCUUGAGGGCUGAAGUUUGCCCAUGCCUAAUGUAUACUGUAGUUAUGAGGUGGUUGGUUAAGACUCGUUUUCAUCAUUAUGAUUGCCUUCGAAUUGACGGAAAAUCCAUGGAUACUGGGGGGCAACCAUACUUUUUUACAUAAUGGUUGCCGCUCUUUCGUUUUUCCUAAUUUGGGUCUGCGGAUGUUAUUGAACCUCCCAUCACUGCUGAUGAUCCGCCAUGCGGACUGGGAAUAAUGGGAGCAACAGCUUAAAUGUUACUUGUGGCUCUGAGAUUGGGGAAAGGCAAAAGGACAUUGUAAAGCCAGACAUCAUAUCCAUAAGAUAUCGUAUCCAUUCAUCACAUAAAGAGUCGCCACUGUAUAAUAAUCACACCCCCAUUUUUGGGUGGCAGGACUGGUAUUUUUGUAUUCUUCGAAUAAUAGUCGCAGAGCCUCUUAUGUGUGGAACAUCAUCAUAUUUCAUCACAUAAAGAGUUGCCACGGCAUUGUAAUCAUACCUCCAUUUUUUGGGUGGCAGGAUUGGUAUUUUUGUGUUCCUCGCAUAAUAGUCACAGAGCCUAUUAUGUGCAGAAUGUCAUUAUAUUUCAUCACAUAAAGAGUUGCCACUGCAUUGUAAUCAUACCUCCAUUUUUUUGGGUGGCAGGGUUGGUAUUUUUGUGUUCCUUACAUAAUAGUCGCAUAGCGUAUUAUGUGUGGAACAUCAUCGUAUUACAUCACAUAAAGAGUUGCCACGGCAUUGUAAUAAUAUCUCUGUUUUUUUGGGUUGCAGGAUUGGUAUUUUUGUGUUCCUUACACAAUAGUCACAGAGUCUAUUAUGUAUGGAAUAUCAUCGUAUUUCAUCAUGUAAAGAGUUGCCACUGCAUUGUAAUCAUACCUCCAUUUUUUGGGUGGCAGGAUUGGUAUUUUUGUGUUCCACGCAUAAUAGUCACAGAGCCUAUUAUGUGCAGAAUGUCAUCAUAUUUCAUCACAUAAAGAGUUGCCACUGCAUUGUAAUCAUACCUCCAUUUUUUUGGGUGGCAGGGUUGGUAUUUUUGUGUUCCUUACAUAAUAGUCGCAUAGCCUAUUAUGUGCAGAACAUCAUCAUAUUUCAUCACAUAAAGAGUUGCCACGUCAUACCUCCACUUGUUUGGUGGAAAGAUUGGUAUUUUUAUGUUCCACUCAUAAUAAUCACAGAUACUAUUAUGUGCGGAAUGUCAUCAUAUUUCAUCACAUAUAGAGUUGCCACUGCAUUGUAAUCAUACCUCCAUUUUUGGGUGGCAGGGUUGGUAUUUUUGUGUUCCUUACACAAUAGUCACAGAGCCUAUUAUGUAUGGAAUAUCAUCGUAUUUCAUCACAUAUAGAAUUGCCACUGCAUUGUAAUCAUACCUCCAUUUUUUUUGGGUGGCAGGAUUGGUAUUUUUGUGUUCCUCGCAUAAUAGUUGCAGAGCCUAUUAUGUGCGGAACAUCAUAUUUCAUCACAUAUAGAAUUGCCACUGCAUUGUAAUCAUACCUCAAUUUUUUGGGUGGCAAGAUUGACAUUUUUGUGUUCCUCACAUAAUAGUCGCAGAGCCUAUUAUGUGCAGAACAUAAUAGUAUUUCAUCACAUAAAGGGUCACCACUGCAUUGUAAACAUACCUACAUUUUUUGGGUUUAAAGAUUGGGUUUUUUUGUGUUCCUCGCAUAAUAAUUGCAGAGACAAUUAUGUGAGGAACAUCACCGUAUUUCAUCACAUAAAGAGUCGCCACUGCAUAAUAAUCACACUCCCAUUUUUCAGUGGCAAAAUUGAUAUCUUUGCAUUCCUCGCAUAAUAGUCGCAGACUAAACAGAACAAACCGCUUCCCUUCUGGAUGUUACUGUAUCACAACUCCCAUCAGCUUUGGUUAUGAUGUUAAAUGAGUGCAGGAGGCAUUGCCCUGCAUCUGGAGGAUCCUAUAAAAUGACAGUGGGCAGAAUUUGGCCCGCAGGCCUUGAGUUCGACACGUGUGCCCAUCCUGUGCUCAGUUGGAUUUUCUGCCCUAUAUGAUGACUUUGCUGAUGAAAAUCCUUUCAACAGAACAGUGAAAACAAAAAAAAAAUGCUCCUGGUUGGUAAGAAUGUACAACCUUUGCGCCUCGACUGAUUAGGAGGACACAAUACUUGUACCCACGGAAGGAGGGCUCACUUAUAAUAUUCACAAGAGAGGAUGAAUACAGCUAUCGUUAGGUAGUAAACGUCACGUGGCAAUGCAUUAUUAUAUGAGGAGACCAUAAAUUAUUUUUAUGAUAUA